AUGGACCCGGCAGGUGUAGUGGAAGCUAACCAAGUAAUACAGAACGCGUUCAGCGUGAUCUCCGUACUAAAUCUCACGGCAGAUUCGCUGCCGAAGCCUGCGGUUGUGUCUGAUGGUGCCUGCUACGACUACGUUGUUGUGGGCGGUGGGUCGGCGGGAUGUGUGCUCGCGAGCAGGUUGUCCGAAUUGCGCGGCGUGCAGGUGCUGCUCAUCGAGGCCGGACCGCUCACGCCCUUCGAGGCUACCGUCCCUAAACUGCUGUACCAUUUGCCGAAGUCUCGCUAUGACUGGAACUACACCACCGAGGACGAUGGCUACGUCGCUCAGGCUAUCAAAGACAAAGUGCUGGCGCUGACCCGCGGCAAGGUGCUUGGCGGCAGCAGUGCUAUCAACGCUAUGCUAUACGUGAGAGGCGCCACGCAUGACUUUGACUCUUGGGCCGCCAGCAUCGGUGACUCACGCUGGAACUACACCAACGUUCUGCCUUUCUUUAUCAAGAGUGAAAAGCUUCGAGAUCGCAUCGUGCAACACUCCCGUUACAGCACCUUCCACGGAUCUAAAGGAUAUAUGGGCGUAACCAGGCAACCUGAUGCCGCUAACGAAGAAUACCUCAACAUGUUUAAAGAACUCGGCAAUCGCUUGCUUUUAGAUAUAAAUGGAAGAGACAAUAUCGGCUUCACUCAGCCAAUGUACACGAUUUUAGACGGCCGUCGCCAGGACACUGCGUAUGCGUUCCUAUCGCCUGUGAAGCGGCGUUGCAACCUGCAUGUGCUCACCGACACGCUUGUCAUGGAGAUCAUAUUCGACGACAACAACAGGGCAGUCGGCGUGCGCGCUCUCACCAAACAAAACAGACUCAUCACUGUGAGAGCCAAAAGAGAAAUCAUUCUCUCUGCUGGCACUUUCAACUCCCCUCAACUGCUCAUGCUGUCGGGGAUGGGGCCGAAAGAGCAUUUACAAGACAUGAAUUUAACUGUUCGAGUCAAUCUCCCAGUUGGAGAGAACUUACAAGAUCAUCCUGUAACACCACUGUUUUAUGAUCUGGAGAAGGAACGUCCUAUUCCAUCCAGACAGGAUCCCGGCUUGUUCCCGACACGGAUAGUCAUGGGCUUUGGCACGCUAAACAGUAGCCAAACUUACGGCGACUACCAAACUAUCGUCAACUCCAGACUAAGCGUGGAGGCUGCCUUAACAAUAUGUACUCUUAAAUUUAGUAUCAACGAUACAAUAUGCAAGUCACUAUUCGAAAAGGUGAAAGGUAAAGUGUUGCUGUCUGUGUGGGUAGUAACUUUGCAUGCCAAGUCGCGUGGGCGUGUCAUGUUGCGCACCUCCAACCCCAAAGACCCUCCCAUCAUCAUCAGUGGUUAUUAUUCCAACGAUUUAGACUUACAGAACCAAAUAAAAUACGUUAAAGAUAUUUCACGUAUCACGAAAUCCUCCUACUUCAAACGAGUGCGAGGGAAGAUGCUGCUGCCAAGUCUUCCGCAGUGCGAUAGGAUGAAGCGGUUCAGUGACGAGUAUUGGCGAUGCUACGCGCUGGCUAUGAUAGGUACUGUCUACCAUUUCAGCAGCACGUGCGCUAUUGGGCGAGUCGUUGACGCCGAGCUGCGCGUGCGCGGCGUAAGUGGGCUGCGCGUUGUCGACGCUAGUGUUAUGCCCACUGUCACCAGCGGUAAUAUCAACGCGCCCACCAUUAUGAUCGGUGAGAUGGCGGCGGAAUUUAUCAAGAAGGUGUACAGAUCUGAGGAAAAGAAUAAUCACUGUAAAUGA